ACUGCAACAUUCCAUCGCGAUCGAAGUUGUAAAGGAUGAAAGGUAUGGCGCUUGUAGCAAUCGUUGUUUUAAUGGCAGGCAUUAGUGGAUAUGCAGAAGGUAUCGAAAUAAAUGCUAAGCCAACAGACCCGUUAUGGCCUAACACAUUUCAGCAGAACUUUACUGAGAAAUUCUACUAUCCAGUUAUUGGCACCCAUUACACGCGCGGAACAUAUUAUUACGAUUUCACAAACAAAAGAUAUCGUAUCGAUCGUGUAAAUGGUAGGUACGAUCGAUAUUGUGGUUUUAAUGGUGUAAGAGCGUUUCAGAAUACACCGUGCACGCAGCUUGUCGUAAAUGGUAUGCGGUGGGUUAUUUAUCCGGAAAAACAAGAUUGCUGCCAAUGUUGCGAUGCUGCGCAUGGUUGUGGAGUAUUAAAGCCAACUUGGUUGAGUGGCGCGCAAUUUAUAGAAGAGAAAAAUGGCACCUACAAAUGGAAUCAACCAGGCUUGCAAGCAAACUACUACACUGAACGAGUUAAAGAUCGAGUGAUGCUGCAAAUUAACCAAGUUCCAAACGAUAUUCAAGAUUUUGAUGCAAGUACAUUCAAGAAAUCUAUCGAUAAUAUCGACUCUGUUUUUGCUUUGCCUUUCUAUUGCAAGGCGGGAACAAAAUGUUCUUUGUUUUCGACUUGCAGAGCAGUUGGAAAAUGAAACAGAAAUUAACAAGUUUGUUUUAAGCGAAAUCGAUAUACGUUUUUGAAAAGAAAAUAUAGUUUGUUCCCUGUA